AUGAUGACGAGGUUAUCAGUUCAGCUGAUCGUUUCUACAGUCAUCGUUCCACUUGUUUUCGGACAAAAUCUCCUCGAAAUCUAUAAAGCAAUGAUGAAUGAUCAAGCAGGAAGAGCUAAAACGCCUCCAAUUAAUAUUGAAUUUUUCGGAGAAAGUCUGUGUCCGGAUACCACUAGAUACUUCCGGAAUCAUAUAAUGCCAGUUUGGAAUGCUUUGCACGCAUCCACACUCAUCAAUGUCACUUAUCACCCAUUUGGAUUAGCAGAAUGCAGACGAAAUGACGGCGUCAUCAGAUGUACUUGUCAACACGGACCUGCCGAAUGUCAACUGAAUAUGCUUCAAGCGUGUGUUAUCAGUGCACUUGAAUUUCCACAACUUUAUAUGCCAAUCGUCAACUGUAUGCAAGGCAAGAGUUCUUUCUCUUCCGCCAUCGAUGAUUGUAUUGUUAAUUUCCGACCAAGGCCAGAUCUCGAUGAGAAUUUCAUGACUCGAUGUGCUCAAAGUCAACUAGGGGCCAAGCUUAUGAUGCAGCACGGAUACAGACAGAGGGAAGUCGCAUCUGAUCUUGAUUGGGUUCCAUGGAUUCUGGUUAAUGGACGUCGAUCCCAAGCAGCUGAAAAUCAACUGAAGACAAUUGUUUGCGGAUUUUCAGAGCCAUCCCGGUAUGAAUACUGUAAGACAACCGAAGGUCUCAUAUUCUAA